GAAUGUUGCACAUGUACAGUGUGUGUGUGACUGGUGUUUGAUAGGAUUAACAUCUUCUGCCCCUUGGCUUUAAGGCCAUGAGUUCCAACCUUAACAUGGACACAACAGGAAGUCCAGAAAGCAGCCAACAGUGUGGCACCUGCAAUGCCGCCUCCUUCAGCUGUUGGUGUGUGGACUGCCGUGAAGCUCUGUGUGCCGUCUGUGUUUCAGCUCAUCGUAGAGUCUCAGUCACCAGAUUUCACAAACUCCUUAACCAGCCGCCUGCAGGAAGCAUCUUAACUCCCCCCACCAAGUUCUGCAGACAGCACCCAACAGAACCGCUCAAACUGUUCUGUUUCACCUGUAACAAGCUCACCUGUAGAGACUGUCAGCUCAUGACUCACAUGAAUCACAGGUAG